AUUAAUAUUUUACAAGAGAUUUCUCCUGUCCUAAAUACAAUCUCAAACGGAACGGAGGCGAAGCAACAAAAGAUCUGCUGCUAUGGCGAGUGCUGCUGCCGGAGGGAAAGUGUCGUUCAAGGUUAUUCUGACCUCCGAUCCGAAGCUUCCUUUCAAAGUGUUUAGCGUUCCAGAGGGAGCUCCAUUCACUGCUGUUCUUAAAUAUGCAGCGGAAGAAUUCAAAGUCCCUCCCCAAACUAGCGCCAUCAUCACAAAUGAUGGUGUUGGAAUCAAUCCUCAACAAAGUGCAGGCAAUGUGUUCUUGAAACAUGGCUCAGAACUUCGCCUGAUUCCUCGUGAUAGGGUUGGAGCUGCUUAGAUCUUUAUUGACCAAUAAUUUUGUGUUAUGUUUUGUUUGUUAAAAAAGGCUUAAAAUUUCAGAGGUUGAUGGCCAUGAAUUAUGAAUAUGAUGAUGAUGCUUUGAAGAACAAUGAAUGAAAAUAUCAAUAAAUACUGCCAAUACACAACUUGAUCUUCCUUUUA